AGUCCACUGACACGCUGAUUGGCUGAGCCGCUUGAGUUUUGAGCGGCCGGUUUGAAAUCCCUUCAGUCUGCGGCUGCCCGUGUAUGAGAAGGGAGAAGCGCUUCGGGAGAUUCACCGACUCCUAAAGCAGUGCGGCUUCCUAUAGGAUCGGUACGCCCGCAGCUGCCUUCCACGUGUGCUGGCACUUGUAGUUCUUCAGCAGGGACAUAUAAAUAUCCACAGAUAUGGAUGAAUAUGCAAAGAUUGAAAAAAUUGGAGAGGGCACUUAUGGGGUUGUGUAUAAGGGGCGACACAAGGCAACCGGUCAGGUUGUUGCCAUGAAAAAAAUUAGACUGGAAAAUGAAGAGGAAGGUGUCCCUAGUACAGCGAUCAGAGAAAUAUCCCUCCUCAAAGAACUUCAGCAUCCGAACAUUGUGUGCCUUCUGGAUGUUUUGAUGCAAGAUUCAAGGCUAUAUCUUAUUUUUGAGUUUCUUUCCAUGGAUUUGAAGAAGUAUUUGGAUUCCAUCCCUAGCGGUCAAUAUUUAGACGCAAUGCUUGUAAAGAGCUACACUUACCAGAUUCUACAAGGAAUUGUAUUUUGUCAUGCUAGAAGAGUUUUACACAGAGAUCUAAAGCCCCAGAAUUUGUUGAUAGACAGUAAAGGAGUAAUAAAGUUGGCUGACUUUGGCUUGGCUCGAGCAUUUGGAAUCCCUGUUCGUGUUUAUACACAUGAGGUUGUGACCUUAUGGUACAGGGCGCCAGAAGUUCUGUUAGGCUCUGUAAGAUAUUCCACACCAGUUGAUGUAUGGAGUAUAGGUACUAUAUUUGCAGAAAUUGCAACAAAGAAGCCUCUCUUCCAUGGAGACUCUGAAAUAGACCAGCUUUUCAGAAUAUUCAGAGCUCUCGGAACACCCAAUAAUGAAGUCUGGCCAGAAGUUGAGUCUUUACAAGACUACAAAAAUACAUUUCCUAAAUGGAAAGGUGGCAACCUUUCUUCUAAUGUGAAGAACCUUGAUAAAGACGGAAUUGACUUGCUUUCUAAAAUGCUGAUCUAUGAUCCUGCCAAGAGAAUUUCUGCCAGGAAGGCCUUGCUUCAUCCGUACUUUGAUGAUUUGGACAAGUCAAAUCUUCCAGCCAAUCAGAUUAAAAGUUAAAUCCUUACACCUAUUUUGGGUCCGAUGUAUAGAAUUCUAUGAAUUACCACUCUUGUUUUACUGUUUGUGUAUAUCUAUGUUAUGUGCUUUGUUUGUGUUGUCUCCUGCAGACCGUGCAGUUAAUGUACUUACAUGUAAACCUUGUACUUUAAUUCUUGUAAAUAUUGACUUGUGUGCUGUGUACAAAGGAACUCACAGCAAAGAUCUAAAUAAAAUCUAUAUUCACUGAGUCCUAAUAAGCACUUUAUCAUCAAUGGUUUAUCAUUAAAAGUU